AUGUUGAUUUCUGCGAAGUAUAAAUAGACCAAGUGUUGCGUUUUUGGCCAUACCCUUGCUAACAUUUCUACCACGAUGAAGAUCACUUGUUUGGCCAUUAUACUGGUUGUGGGACUGGCCGCCGUCUAUGGCGCUAAACUGCCGACACCUAAUCAUGAUAUGGGAAAUGAAAAAGACACCUUGGAAGCUCUACGGUCAUCAUUGAUGAAACUGAUGAUUAAGAAGCGGUCUGUCUUAAAGAGUCCAGCAAACGAAAAACGUGAUUUUGAUAUUGGGAGACGUGGGCAAUGCAACAUCAAAGACUUUGUUUUCCUAUUUACCAGUUUACCAGGAAUCAGAAACGCACUUGAUGAUAUCGGAGAACCUGACGAUGUCAUCGAAAUUGUUCAGGAGAUCGCGAGUGUCUUCGGACAACUGCAAUCUGUCAUGGAGCCCAGCCUACCUUUUCCAACCUCGUUCAAGUAGGAACACAUGGGGUGACGACUCUUUCUGGAACCCACGAUGAUUACCUUGCAUCCUGUAUAAGCGGACUAUCUCGUUAGGAUCCUAUUGUAUAACCUUAGCCAUCUCUCUUUAAUAGAAAAUUACAAGUUUAUCUUAUUAUUAAUUUUUAACACAUUAAGCCAACUUACGACGAACUGGCGCAUCUACAAAAGAUCUAUAAAUAAACAUAUUUAGAAAUUGUCAUUCAUCAUUCUUUAGAAAAAAACAUCAGGGUGAAAAGCGCCAAUAUUCUAACCGAUAAAGUAUUUAAGUUGCAGCUUAUGCAGAAGGAAUCGGGCGACAUUUCAAAUUUUAACUGAUUUUUUAUUAUAUAAUUUUCUCAACAAUUGUAAAUGAAAUUCGAUAUAUUCGUAAUUGCUCUAGAUUCAUUAGUUUCUUGCUUUAUUAAAAUACAAUGCACUGAAA